AUGGACGAGACGAAAGGCGCCCCAUUGGGUCAGUCGACCUCGCGCGACGAUGUGCUCCGUCGAGUGCAGACAGCAGAAAGCGUCUUCCUUCCGCGCGAGGUCUUUGAAGCUCUCUACCUGAAUCCCGAGCGCAAUGUUCCCGGCGAUCUAAGGAAGAAGUUCGGUAACCCAACGCCAGCUUGUCUGAUCGGUUUCGUCAUGGCUGCGACGCCAUACGCAGCCGCCAAUAUGGGUUGGCGUGGAGCUGGAGGUGCAGGAGGUGCCAUCAUACCAACAAUGAUCUUCUUCGGCGGUAUGCUCCAAAUCGUCGGCGCGAUCAUGGAAUGGAUCCUGGGCAAUACGUUCUCAAUGUGCUUGUUUUUCACCUACGGCACGUUCUGGGUCGUUGCCGGCACUCAGUUGGUCCCCUGGUUUGGCGUCGGCCUCCAGUAUUCUCCGAGCGGGAGCAAUCUCCAAGGCAUGACGGAGCCAGGGUAUUAUGCCACCUUCGGGUUCUACUAUCUUUCCCUCGCAAUGGUGACGACAAUCUUCACCGUGUGCGCCUUGAGAACCAACAUCGUCUUCUUCAGCGCGCUCUUCACGCUGAUCUUCGCCUUCGGCUGCGGCACCGGCGCCUUCUGGAACCUGGCCCUCGGCAACGUCCACGCCGGCGAGAGACUGACCGUGGCCGCUGGAGCAUUCACCUUCGCCCUCACGAUGAUGAUAUGGUAUGUGCUUGCAGUGCAGCUGCUCGAAGCGGUCGACUUCCCCCUAACUCUCCCUGUCGGCGACCUGUCCACCUAUAUCAAGGGAAAGAAGGAGAGGGCCAUCAACAAGGAACGCAUGAAUGGAAAUGAUACUCCCAAUUGA